GUUAGGAUGUUGGAUGAAGGGUCAUGUGUGUGAUUAUGUUGUGACUCUCCUUCUCUGUGUCUCCCACGUUCACAGAUUCCUGACGAGCUCCAAGGUCGUCCCAGUGUCCACAUGAAGAAGGAGUUCUUCCUGCGUCACUCGUCCUGCGCUCGCUCCGAGUCCUUCAUCAACCUGCGAGAGGUGAGCAACAGGCUCCGCCUCCCGCCAGGCGAGUACCUGAUUGUCCCGUCGACCUUUGAACCAUCAAAGGAAGCGGACUUUGUCCUGAGGGUGUUCACUGAGAAACAGUGUGAGACCAGGGAGAUGGACGACGACGUGGAGGGAACCUUCGACCCGGAGGAGGAAAUAUCAGAAAGCGACAUCGACGAUUCGUUCAGGUCGAUGUUCACUCAGCUGUCAGGAGACGACAUGGAGAUCUCAGUCCGAGAACUCAGAACCAUCCUGAACCGAGUCGUCUCCAAACACAGAGACCUGCAGACGGAUGGUUUCAGUAUGGAGUCCUGCAGAGCCAUGGCCGGCCUCAUGGACAAAGACGGCAGCGCUCGCCUCGGUCUGAUAGAGUUUCAGAUUCUCUGGAACAAGAUCAGGAAGUGGCUGGGAAUCUUCCGAGAGUUUGAUCUGGAUAAGUCUGGAUGCAUGAGUUCCUACGAGAUGCGUCUGGCUCUGGAAAACGGAGGAUUCAAACUCAACAACAAGCUGUACCAGAUGCUCAUCGCUCGAUACGCCGACAACGAGGUCAUCGACUUCGACAACUUCACCUGCUGCGUGGUCAAGCUGGAGGCCAUGUUCAAAACUUUCCAGGAGCUGAACAAAGACGGAACAGGACAAGUGGAACUCAACGUCACUGAGUGGCUGAUUUUAACCAUGUGUGGAUGAAACUACUUCCUGCUUCCGAACUUCGAGGUGCCUCCGACAGGAAGAACAACACAAAAGCAACGACAAACAGCGGCAGUACUUCUGUAGUACCACUGUAGUACUACAUAUUCACAGUACUGAAGCAUAAUCACUGUUAACUCCCAGCUGCUGCAUUUACUCUCAGAUAGAGGGCGCUACAGCCCAGACAAUAUGGCCUCUGCAUUUAUUUAUUGAUUCAUGUAUUGACUGAUUGGUAAGACAGAGCUGCCAUCUUUCACUGCUCCCCCUGCAGGUGAGGAGGACUGAGCGGGAAGGUCAGCAUGUAAGUCAGAGCUCAGGGUUUAGUUUUCUUUACAGGUCAGUGAAGGCCUCAUGAUGUGGAGGCGUUCAGGUCAGAUGGAUGAUAGAUAGAUCAUAGAUAGAUAGAUAGAUAUAGAGUACAUAGAGCAAAGAACAAAAGACUAAACACAAAGAGACAAGUUGUUGUUUGAAAGGUAAAGUUAGAAACAUGACUGAAAUGAUUUCACCUGAUGAAACUCCAGCUUCAUGUUUUCAGUUAUUAAAGGAAAAGAAGGAAAAGACGAGUUGUCUGUGUUUGACUGGACUGUACAUGUGACACA